AUGUGCGUGGGGGAGCAGCUGGCAGUGCCCUGCGUGGCCCUGCUGCUCCUGGCAUUGGCAGUCAGCCCUGUGACCACACUCACCUGCAAUGGGACCACCUACCCCAGCGGCAGCAAGUGCUGUAAUGAGUGCCAGCCUGGUUAUGGAAUGGAGAGUCGCUGUGACCACAUGCGGGACACAGUGUGUAAGCUGUGCAAACCCGGCUUCUACAAUGAGGUGGUCAACUACGAGGCCUGCAGGCCAUGCACGCAGUGCAAUGAGAGAAGUGGGAGUGAAACAGUGCACAGCUGCACACCAACAAGGGACACUGUCUGCCUCUGCAGGCCAGGCACCCAGCCCCAGGGUGGCUACAAGCUAGGAGUUGACUGUGCCCCCUGCCCCCCAGGACACUUCUCUCCGGGCAACAACCAGGCUUGUAAGCCGUGGACUGACUGUACCUCCACUGGGAAGCGCACCCUGAAGCCGGCCAGCAACAGCUCAGACGCGGUCUGCGAGGACAGGAGCUCUCUGGCCACCACGCUACCCUGGAGCACCCAGCACCCCUCGACCCUGCCCACCACUGCCUGGCCCACCAUUGCCCAGCCUGGACCCUCACAGCCGGCCUUGUCCCCCACAGGCCCUGCACUGGCCAUCAUCCUGACACUGAGCCUGGGCCUGGGCCUGCUGGGCAUCACGGCUGCCAUCCUCAUCUUGGUUCUGCACCGUCAGGCCUGGAGGCCACCACUGGCCACCCCAAAGCCCCCUGGGGGCAACAGCUUCCGGACUCCCAUCCAAGAGGAGCACGCUGACGAGCACUCCGUCCUGGCCAAGGUCUGA